AGCUUGUGCCAAACUUCAAGAUCUCUCAGAGCCAAUACUCAUACUAAGACUGCGAACAGCUUCCUCAAAACUAUUUAUCAUGACGGAACGUUUCGAUUUAGCAAAUCUUUUAGAUUAUGUGUUGGCAAGUGCAGUGCAAUUUGAGAAAGCGAUUAGUGAAAAUACAAUGUAUCGCGAACUAUUAAAUUUCCAUUGUGAAAUUUCGACAUUGAUUAAAGUUCUCAUAAAUGAAGCUAUACAACAAAUUAAAUAUUUUAAAUGGUUAGAUCAUUUUGCCCGCGUGGCACGGCUG